CCUUAAGGUCAAAAGUGGAGGAGGAGGGUGUGAUCUCACACGGGGGAGAAAAACAGACGGGUGCCAACGCCUGAGCUGUCUCUGUCCUCUCCUCUCUCUCCUCACACUUUUCACCUGUCUUACAACUCCUGGACACUCCAGCACAGGUGAAAACGAAAAAAUGUCUUUCCCUGCCGCAAGAAGGUCUUACGCUUCCAAGAGCAGCAGUCCCAGCCAGGCAAUUGAGGACAGAAGGAAAAAAAGUUCCGUGCUAAAAGACAACAGCUGGAUCAAGAGAGACUCUGAUGAGGACGAGCCCGUUGACCGAGAUCCAAACUUUGGAAAAAGUGUUUUGAGUGGCUACAGGCCCAAUGAAAAUCUCAAGAGUACCGAGCCUGAGACGACUAAGAGCCGCAAAACUACCAGCAGCUUCACCUCGGUGCAGGCACUCACCAAGAGAUUCAGUACCAGUCAGGACGAACUGAAUAAAAGCAGCACCCUCCCGUCCAGCCAGAGGACCACCUCCUACACCAGAAGGUCCACCACCCCCAAGACUGCUGUUAAAGAGGAACCCAAGAGCAGCGUCACCACCACCACCACCACUGAGACCAACACCACCACCCAGAGCGUCAGCAGAUCCCCGGUGAUUAAAACCCCCACCAAGACUGACACCUUCACCGAGAGGGUCUUCUCUGAUGUCAAGUGCUCCAGCAAGGGGACACCAUACUCACCCUUGUCUCCUUCCAAGACAACUAAAGUGACUGAGACAACUGUUACAAGCAAACAGGAGGCUGAAGAGCAGCUUCAUAACAAACUCACCCCCAAGUCUAAAGAUGAUUUCUCCAUCACAGACAGCAAGACCGCUGUCCCUGAGACGGAGACCGUCACGGUGAAGUCCUACACUGAUGGGGAUGGUAUUAAAACCACCACCACUACAAGAACCUCCUCCACGGCUGAAAAGGAACUUUACGACCCCUUUCGGCCUAAAUCGGGAAGGUCCAGCGUCUCCUCUCCUGUCAGCACUACGAGGGUCACCAGCAGAGAGGUUUUUACAAGCAGCAGUGGAGAUGAUAGUAAGACUACCACCCCGACAAGGACCUCCUCCACAACUGAGGAUGAGCUUUAUGACAGCCUUCUGCCCAAAUCCAUCAGGUCUGACCUCUCCUCUCCUACCAGCACAAGAAGCUUCACGGAGAGCCAGGAUGUUACUGUGGACAGAGCUGGAAGCAGGGACGGUCAGACCCUGUCAUCUCCCACCUCCCCCCGUACCAUCACCAGCGACGACUACACCAGCACACGCCGGAGCUUCUCCAGACGACCAGACUCCAGUUACGAGUACACCAGCGUCACCAGUCCAACUGUCUCUACCACCACACCCAACAAGGACAGCAGGAUGGUGCUGGAGAAAGAUCUGUGCACCCACUGCCGAAAGCCCUUCAACUCUGAGGCCAAGAUGGUCAUGGAGGACAUGAAGAUCAACUGCCACGCCUCCUGCUUUAAGUGUGAGGUAUGCAACACCAACCUGGGUAGCCUGAAGGCCGGUGACAGCAUGUGGAUCUACAGACGCACUGUGCACUGUGAGAACUGCUUCGACAUCACCAGAGAAAAAUGGCGACGCUGAAUGCCAGAUCUUCUACGAAGACAGUCUGAUUAAGGGAAGAGAAAGACUUAUGUCUUUGUCUAUCAGAAUACUUUGGUAAAAUGGGUUCUCUUACAUGUAUGUUGCUAACUGCUAAUUCUCACAUUAAUCUCGGUGGUUGGAAGAACUUCUGUGAUUUACAUGUAUGGUUUCAAGUUUGAAUCUAGUGUUUUCUUAAACUAUUAAAGCCUAAAUCAUGUCAAGUCCACUUUUCUACCCUUUAAUAACUUUAUCAUGACAGCUUUUCAUGUACUCUGAUAAAACCUUUAGCUUAAUGGGAGUGGUGCAUGUUACAGUACAGAUAUUGCAAUGAGAAGGGCCGGGGGCUCGCUGUAUGUGCAAUAAAGGAAGUCAUGAUGGAUUAUCUUCUCUAUUAAAUGAG